UAAUUACCGCCAAAGUUUCUGCUCACUGCGAACAGCAUCACAUCAUCGCAGAAGAGCAGAAAGGAUGCAGGAAAAAUACGCAUGGCUGCAAAGACCAGGCCAUCAUCGACGCAGCCAUAGUCGGCCAGGCGGUAUAUAACCAGCGGAACCUAAGUAUGGCCUACAUCGAUUACAGGAAGGCUUAUGACUCCAUACCUCACUCGUUUCUCGUCCGGGUAUUGGAGCUCUACAAGAAUGAUCCCGUCGUCGUUAGGUUCCUGCAGCAUGCGAUGAGGCAGUGGAGCACGUCUCUGCACCUCAGUGAUGGGGAAAAUGUGUUGCAGUCUAGAACGCUGCAGAUAAAGAGGGGGAUAUUCCAAGGCGACUCUUUCAGCCCGCUUUGGUUUUGUCUGGCACUGAACCCCCUCAGUAGGACGCUCAAUAGAAACGGUCAUGGCUAUAAAAUAAGGUAUGGCGACGGCGCCCACGAAGAAGUGACCCAUACCUUCUACAUGGAUGAUCUCAAGGUCUACGCUGAUUCACGUCAGCGUCUAGGUGUAGCUAUCCGGGUUGUCGAAGACAUAAGCAGGGACAUCUGCAUGGAGUUCGGCCUCGACAAGUGCCGCUGUGUCCAUCUGCUGAAAGGGCAGCUUACCGAAUCCGGAGGUUACGAGGUCUAUGACGGCGAGUUCAUAAGAGACAUGGUUUGUGGCGAAUCCUAUAAAUAUCUUGGAUUCCGACAGCUCACCGGGAUUCGCCACUCCGACAUCAAGACGGAGCUGCGAGACAAGUUCUUGAGUCGAGUGAACUGUGUCCUGAGGACUUUCCUCAACGCGGGGAACAAGGUACGCGCGAUCAACACAUUCGCGGUUCCCCUGCUGACCUUCAGUUUUGGUGUAGUCAAAUGGAGCAAAACUGACCUAGAGGACCUUGAGAGGAGGAUGAGGAAAGCAUUUAAAGAGGCCGGAAUGCACCAUCCUCAAUCGGCACUGGAGAGAGUUUCACUGCCACGCAAAGAAGGGGGACUUGGAAUAGUCGACAUAUUCGCACUGUGUGUUGCCCAGGUACGACAACUGCGCGAGUACUUCGCAGAACGCGCCAACCAAAACGCGCUAUACCGGGCUGUCUGCGCCGCCGACAGAGGAUACAGCGCUCUGCACUUGGCGCAAGCGGAGUACCAACUCAACUGCAAUCUGCAGACAGAGGAGGAGAAGAUUGCAGCUUGGAAGCAGAAGGCAGUGCAUGGUGCCCACCCCCAUCAACUGGACCGGCCACACGUCGACAAGGCCGCAUCUAAUCUGUGGCUAACGCGUGGUGAACUCUCUUCAGUAGUAGAAGCCGACAUGAUAGCCAUCCAGGACAGGAUAAUGCUGACGAGAAACUGCAGGCGGUACGUCUGGCAUCAAGACGUUGAUGACAUUUGCCGGAUGUGCCAUCAACCAGGUGAAAACAUAGAGCACAUUAUGGGAGGCUGUCCCGUUUUGGCCAUCGCAGCCUACACCGAGCGCCACAACAACGUGGCCCGUAUUGUUCAUCGACAACUGGCGCUCCAAUGUGCUCUACUGGAAGACAACGUACCAAACUACCGGUACCUGCCUGCACCUGUCCUGGAAAAUGACCGUUUCAAGCUGUACUGGGAUCGCACUGUUCUGACCGACCUCUCGAUCCACCACAACCGCCCAGAUAUAAUGGUUUACGAUAAGAGCGACCGCAAAGUCACCAUCAUCGAUGUCGCUAUUCCACUGAAUCAGAAUCUGGAGGAGACCCACGGUCGCAAAAUCUGCAAGUACCGACCAUUGGCCGUGGAGCUCAAGGAACUGUGGGGGCUAAGGGAGGUCCCAAGAAUUGUUCCAGUCCUUCUCUCUGGAACUGGAAUUAUCCCGAAGACACUUCUGGAAGCGCUAAAGGUGUUGAACAUGGAGAAGGAAUUGGCCGGCAUCCAAAAGUCGGUCAUCCUUAGCACCUGCGCGAUUGUCCGACAAUUUCUCGGUCAGGACUGAAACAGCACGAGCAUGCAGAUACGUGCAUUCCGCAGAGCCUAGUCCCCCUUUGGCAUUCAGAAGCCCGGGGGCAGGUGAAAAUUCUGGCUAGGUUCGCCUAGUUAAGAAGUGAGAUAAGUCUGCCAAAAAAAAGACACAUCGGGCUGCUGUUCUAUAAAUAACUCAACAAUGAUCAAUCAACUGUCUCCGCUGUCUGGUCUAACUGGAUAAUGGAAGAACAGAAGGAAAACUCUUACGCCUAAAUGGCUACUCUGUAAAUGUGUACCAUAUGCAAUGUUAUAGAAGGGAAUACUCUAACGCCGAAAAAUGGCAACUGUGUAAUGUGCUAAUUAUAGAUAUGAUAAACAUGUGACAUGUACACGAUUGAAAUUCGGUUCUGUUACAGCUAAAAUGCUAAUGAGCAUAAAAUUAAAAAAAAAAUACAAUGCAUGUAACGCGUUGCUUAUUUUAUUAAUUUAUGCUCAUUUUUGAAUUUAAAAAUUUGGUUUUGUUUCUCAAAUGAAAUUAAAUUAGAGAUUUUCCAAAAAUAAUUUUCCGCUGUCGCUAUGGGAGUUCAAAAAAAAGUAGGCACGAUAAUUAACGAUGUAUAUUAAGUAUAUUACCGGUUUUAAAGAAAUUUUCCGAAUUACCUCGUCAGGUUUCCCAAGAAUGACGUUCUGUCGUCUUGAUUGGAAAUCGAUAAAAAAAUACGCGCGAUGACUAAUAGAUGAAUGUUAUGAAACAUGAGCAUUUAAAAAUUUCGUUUUGUCGAGUGGUUGAUAGUUCACGUUUACACAAUCUCAUCACUUACCUCAGUGAAUCCUGAUUCUUCCUCUCUCUACUAACAAUUAUCCCUUCAUUGGAUAAGCGGCUCCGCAAAGCUUAUGCGAUUGAGCCUUACAAAAAAAUUAAUUGGAAAAAAAAUCUGUUUCUUCCAUGAUAAACGCUUGGGAACCACGCUAUAGAGGCGACCCUUCUGGCCUUCGGACGGUGAAUAUCAUACUAGCAUUCCUUCCCUUAGCCUGGUGACUGUAAGGACGUGGCCGGCGUCGUUAUUGACCAUUUAAUGUUCGGAGCACCGAAACUUGCACAAUGAGAAUGGUUUGCUACCCCCAAGCGUCAUUCAGUGUGUUCUUGGUGCAAUUUCGUUAGUUCAGGUCAAUAACGGAGAGCAACUAAGAAAUGUACAGUCUACCCAAGCUCAAACUCUAGCUGAAGCUCAAUUGAAAUUAUAUGAGAUUCUCGGCAAAGCUGUAAAUUUUCAAUGCAUUUUUUUCAGUUCAUGUGUAAUACUUUAUACAUUCUGUUUAUCAGAAAAAAUCCGGAUGAAUCUGAGACAAUUCAUGAAUUGGAUAAACAAAUAAUCUUCAAGUCGGAAUUUGAGGAAAUGUUUUUUUUUCGUUGUUUGGGCUAUUACGUGUAAGUGUUAUCGUGAUAACCUUUACUGGGUUUUCACGAUAACUAAUAUUUAUUUAGACUAGAACCUGGUUGAACCCUUUGCGGUCGUUUUUCUGCUCUCAGCCACCAAAACAAGGAAUCAUACCGAAUACUUUAUUCAACCAUGUAACAGUUUACACUAAACGAAUUUUAAUGUCUAGUAAACCUGUUGACGAAAUAAUACGGAGCUUCUAUGAAUAAUAGGUAACGGUAUAAACAUGAUUAUUAUCAUGGAAAUAUGAGAGGAUCUCUUUCAAGGGAAGUUAAAUCUGGGUUAAAUGUAAGAUAUGAUUUUAAGUACGUUGAUAAUGAAUGAAUUAGACUGGCUGUUGUUUUAGAGGGGGGAAAGGGUACUCUUGUCCUUCUUUUUCUUGAAUUGCACUAACGUUCCCAGUGGAACUUUUGCCUUCUCAACGUAUUACUUGCAUCAUUUUUAUUAGUUGUACUUAAUUGAGAUUUCUAUGCCGAAAAACACACUUUGAAUGUAUUCCGGAGUAGCAGGCUCUAGAAUAUGCGUGACAACAGUGCAAGUCGGUAGAAAUUUCUUUGACGAAAAAUCCCCCGGCCAGAACGGGAAUCGAACCCGAACCCCCCCGCAUGAUAAUGUGUGCUGCUAACCACACGGCCACGGGAGCACUCAAGAACUCUAGGGGAACCGGAGGCAUAGUGGUCAUCCUAAGGAAUAUACCCAUUUUCAGCGUUCACAUACCGCUUCAAUUCCCGUUUUUCGAAGAAUAUUAUAGUUCAACUCAUUGUUGUUCAAGCUAGCAAACGGCUUUUACUAUAAACAUUCAAAAUAGUACGUUUUUUAUCAUUUGAAAAUGAAAAUUCGAACAUUUUUUUUGCAUGGAGGUAAAGUGGUCACCCAGUGGGGGCAAAUUGGUCACUUGCACAUAUUAAGCUAAAUGGGAUAGAUUUAUUAUAAAAUAAAUAAAUAUUUUUCCAGGGUCAAAGCUACAAAAGGAACCUCUUCAAGAGCAGAAUGUGAUGAGGUAUAUCAGCUUUAGUAAACAGACCAUUGUAAGUUGUUAUUCACCUAUGACCACUUUGUCCCCAAACAUCAAAGUAAUUUCUAUGCUAAUUAAUCGCUGAGAUUAAACAAAAUAUCUGUUCAUCUCUCGUAAAAUAUGUGAACAGUCGUUCAAAUUGAUGAUUUGUCCAACAUAUUAGAUUAAAAAAAUUAAAUUUCACGAGAAAUUCCUUACACCCAAACUAGCGUUGGCAGAAAACAUGCCAUCUUUGGCAGAAAUGAUGCCAUUUAGUGUGCUGUUGAGUCAAAUGCGCAAAUAAUGAGCUAUUUUGAAUGCUUAAAAAUGGUUCGUAUGUAUGCGUGCAGACAUCUCUUUCUGUUUUCUUUUCUCAUUUCAUUUGGGAUUGUGCCAAAAAAAAAGUCCAUACGACGUCAAUGGGGAUCGAUCCUAGGCCGGCUGGAAUGCAAAGCUAAUUUACACGACCACGCUAUCUACAUGGCUAAUAAUGCUUAAGAAGCUGUUCAGAAAAUACGUGAUAAUAUUGCACCUGAUUAUAAAAUGAAGUUGGGAAGUGUUUUAUAAGAGUAAAAAAGAAGCGCAUGAAGGAGAACAAUAUCUAUCUCGGUCUGGGCCGUGUAUGUGGCAAAGUAUGCUGAAAGCUUAUUUGUCUUUUGUUUCGCUCGCUCGUAUUAAUCUUAUAUUACUGUACCAUGAAUAUUAUACAAAAGCUUACCAGUAUUUGUGAGUCAUGGCAUUUUCUGUUCUGUUAUGUCUCAUUUAAUGUCAUAAAUUGGGAUGACAAAAUAUGAGCUAAAAAUCAAUUUUUGGUGUAGAUACCAUGCGCACAGAACUACGGCCGAAUGGCUAUCGAGAGAACAAUUUCUGUUUUUAUUUAUAUUUUGACAUGCGACAGCUCUACUGAAGUACAGGGUGACUCAAAAGUCACUAAAUUCUUCAUACAUAAGGUUACUAUCAAUACGGCAUCCAUAGUCAAUAGUUAUACUACCAAACAAGCAGGUGACCACUUUGCCCCCCAUGACCAAUUUGCUCCCACUACCCCUAAUAUUUUAUAAUAUUUUUUAAUACUGAUCAAUAUUUCUGUAGAGACGGUUCUGCUGUGUUUUCACAUAAAGAUGGCACUAGGAAAUCCUGAACGCUUCCCAUGGCUAUGAGAAACAUACGUAAAUUUGCUCCAACGUUUUCACUUAAUAUCAAAAAGUAAAGGUCGACCAACCCAACCCUCAUUAUUAUAAACAACCGCCGGCACACACUCUCACACACGCACACUUACACAGCGUUCAGCACAAUAAAAAUGGCUUUAUUAGAUGUGCCCGGGCGCAAAAUUAACAUAUCAAUGAACUAACUGAAUCAACCCCAGCUCAUCAAAUCAGUGCAAGUUAUAUAAUCAUGGAAUCAAUAAUGAUAUGCUUUUAGCUCUCCGUUCGUUUCUUCCAUCAUGUACAACGGAAAACCGCACACGGGAAAGCCAUGCUCAACUACAAUUUAUGGAUCGGGUGAAACUUUUCCGGACGUUGUGUGGGUGCCUCGAAGAAGUGAAAACAAUAAUUUUGGGAGAGGGCAAGAGAUAAAGUAGGAAAUUUCUCCGGCUUCGUCAUUAUAGUUGGUUUUGGUAAUUUGGUGUGAUAAUGGAAAAUGACUGUUUAAUAAUGUAUCUGGUCAUAGAAACUUGCUCCUUCUGGCUCCUACCGAUACAUCACCCAAACAGCACUGACUUCUGUCGAACUUUAGCUCAGACAUAUAACAUGUUUCCAAGAUUGGCAAUGUGUUUUCUUACAUCGUCGUCAUAGAAAAGUUCCACCACGAAAGACCAAUCGAAUUAUUGCUGAUUGUGCUGACAAGUGGAGACAUGUCAAGUGAACAUUGAAGGAAGAGCUACCGGUCGAUAUUGAAAGGUAUCGGAAUUCAAUGCCAUUGGAGCAAUCAUCAUCAAUAUUCAUCAGCGCGCCACAUGCUGGAAAGUUCUACUUUCAGAAGUGUCUACCCGUUUACUAAUCUGCAUCAGUUUGUGCGGUGUGAAGUUCUGUCCCCAUCCAGAAAGUCACAAAUUCGAUUUUCAAACUAAGUUAGAAAACACUUGAACAACACAACGUUAGCAGGUUCAAUUUUGCACAGACUUUUUAAGGAACUCAAACACUGCAUGUCUAUGAAAUAUACGGCAGACUUGUCAUCAUUUCUCAGCGCUAUGGCCCGAGGAAGAUCCACGGAAUGUUCAUAUUUAUUCGAUAAACAGAUCCAUUAUUCAUAUUCAAUUACUCGAAGUUUAAGCUCAAACUUUGUUCAUUUUCGUUUCUGACAGUAUCCACUGAAAUGUAUAUUUGCAUGCGGGGCAAACUGUGAGCUAGCUAGCUCACAGUCCCGAGAAUGAUUAGCAGUGCUUUUGAAUGCCACAUUGAAUGAAGAAUGAAGAAUCUCUGGGUGGCAGGCACUAAAAGUGCUGCAAAAGUAUUUCCCGAGCGGAGUCAACUGCUGGCAAUAACCAUCAGCGUGUCAUAUCAGCAAGUUUUCGCAAGAGUUCGCUCGCUCCCUAAUGACAUUUGCAUACUUUCACUUUCACAGCUUCGUCGACAUGUCGAGGCUGUUAGAAACACACCGACAGUCAAAAAUGGCAGCGCAAUCGUUAUGGACAAGCAACCGAGCGUGGUGUUUUAUGAUGAUUUCAUAUAAAUUCUAAUGAAAGUUCUUUCAAGCAAUUCGAAAUACCCUUUAGACCAUUAUAUAUAUAUAUAUAUAUAUAAUCCGGUAUUUCGGUACAAACUUUAAUGUAAUUGGCUGUGUGAAUAUGAACUCACAAAUCUGUUUAACGUAAUACGAAUAUGUAAAUUUUCCAUUCUGGUGAAAGGCCAAAACCUCAUAUUAUAACGAAAUAUAGCGUCGAGGUCUUCGUUAAUUUACCGCAAUAGUUUUCCCAUCUCUAAAACAUCGGAUUGAUAUUCAACUGGCAUACGAGCCAGCCAAAAGUACCCUCGCACGUACACUCGAAACCCCGAGACCCGCCCGACCAUUCGUAUCCAAUUAAACCAGGAGCUGUUCCGACUAUAAUUGGAAUCCAUAUGUUGUGUACCAGUUCAAAAUUUUAAUCAAAAACUUCUACUCGGCACGGCAUUCAAACUUUCCUCCGCCGGAAUGAGACCACCGACGCCCCAUGUCACGAAAAUCGUUCCUACCCCGAAUGCAAUAAUGUUUUCGCGGUGGCUCAAGCAUAAGUUGCUGCUCCUCUCGUCGCCAUCAUUGUGUCCGAAACACAUCUUAAUACGACGGAUUUUCUCUCUCUGCAGUCUAUGAAAAACUUUCUCGUAACUCUAAUUUAAGUUUCAACUCUCAUUUCUCAUCCCGCGGUGAUGUUUUUUUUCCUCCGCUUCGUUCCUGGUCCUCGAAACGAAGGAGAAGGAGAAGAAGGAGGUUGUCGUCAUCCUCGUAGUUCAUCGCAAAGUGCAUUCGCAGUUGGGCUUUUGUUAGUGCACUCUUUUUUUUUUGGCUAGGUCAGUUCUUCGGUGCUUUCGUGGGAAGACUUUUUUCAGCUAGUUUCCUAUAUCUCGUGCAGCAUCCCAUCUGCACGGUGUGAAUAAAAGCUUUAGAUAAGUACUUUUAUACGACGAAAUGAAUGAGUUUUAUAAUCUCGUGUUUUAUCAAGAGAAUCUACAUUCCAGCGGAUUUCACCGCUAUAUUCUUGGCCUAGGAUCGAGCAGACUUGGUCUGUUAAUCGUUUGUAGCGCAUAAUCAUUACGAUAAGUUAUACACGGAAGCUGUUCGAGGGUCGUUGCAUUAAUUUAGGUAACAUAGAAGAAUAGAUUAUCACAUGACGUUCUGACACGAUUCCCAAUUUAAAUUUCAAUGUUUAACUCUUACCAGUCAAACAAAUCGAUUAUACGGAGUACAAAAAGUUCUAAUAUCCAGCUACAGCAUACCUAUUGAAAUGAUAAUUCCGCGUCAGCAGGAUGAUUCCGCGGUUUACCUGUAAUGAAAAAAUAAAGUGUAAAUUAGUUGCGAUUAACUGCAUCAAUCGAAUGUAUAACAUGAAAUAUUGAUAUGGCCAUCAGCUACGAAGAUUUAUUAUUGCGGGCAUUUGUUCAGCACUGUCCUUACCCUCUCUGACUCAGCUAGGCUCUGUACGUGACGUGGCGGCUACUCAAUGUUCCAAAUUCAUUAUCAUAUGACCUACGUUUCCAGAAUUAUUGUCAUUUUCAAACGGUUUUACUUCCAAAUAAUUCGAAAGCCAGUUGUCAGAUAGAAAAACGAUGCAGCGAGCUACUGGGCGUUGGACAGCGUUGCCUCACGACCUGUUGAACACUAUUACAUUGUAACAGAUAUUCUUAGCUCUAUCGAGGCUAUCAAUUCAGUGAGACCGGAUAAGCAUCAUUCACAUCAACAUAAUUCAAACGGAUUCGACGGAACAUCCGAAAUUGUGUGUGAUUGGCUGUUACACACUGGAGGAAAACAUUACAACUGUGUGUGUGCAAUCGCCAUUUGUCUAGUGGAAGCGAAACGAUUCGGAG